GUGACAAAUCUCAACAGUUUGGGCACCUCCAAAGCUUGCCACCAAGCAUGUUUUCGUUUUAUAUAUUGCCCACACAGAAGGAACGCUACCGGCAACUUGGGUAUUCAAGAACAAGGACUAUAUUUACUCAAGAACAAAUUAAUGAACUAGAAUCAAAGUUUGAACAGAAAAAAUACUUAAGUACACCAGAAAGAUUUGAGCUCGCAAAGAAUCUUGGUCUGAAUCCAGUGACAAUCAAGACCUGGUAUCAGAACAAACGAAUGAAAUGGAAAAAAGAACUGCAAAAACUUGAUCCUUCAUGUAAACCAACAAGACCAAUAGGUCGCCCGCCGAAAUAUUUAUCCCAUGAUGCAGAAGACCAAGUUAUUGUGGACUAA